AAAGUAGCUGGAGUAUGCAGAUGCCGUAAUAACAGGCUCAGACUGAAUAAUCUAGCAUAGUGGUGAUAGCCUAGCCAAUUUAGCUAGCUAGCCAGUGGCUUGCUUCACACAGAAGAUGAAGCUCUCGUUAUGGCUGUGGAUACCUUUUCUUACUCAAUUUUGUGCAAUUGAUUUCAGCAUGGCAGGAUCCGGCAAAAAGUGGCAGAGAUACCUUGAUAAAGUCACAAAGGAAUUACAAGAAUAUCAUCCCUGCAUCCCACAGAAUUGUAGUUGUCAUCUAAGUGUCUUGGAAAAUGACCUGAAACCUUUUCACGGUGGGUUAUCUGAAGAUCUCAUGGCAGCUACGAUUCAACGUGGCGUGGGUACCCAUUAUCAGAUUAUUGAUAAUAAACUCUACAGGGAACAGAACUGUAUGUUCCCAGCCAGGUGCAGUGGGGUGGAGCACUUCAUCCUGCAGGUGAUUGACAGGUUACCAGAUCUAGAGAUGGUGGUGAACGUGCGGGAUUACCCCCAAGUUCCUGGUUGGGUGCAGCCAAUUUUUCCAGUUUUCUCUUUCAGUAAGACUGCAGACUACCAGGACAUCAUGUACCCUGCCUGGACGUUUUGGGAGGGAGGUCCAGCUGUGUGGCCCAUAUACCCUACAGGACUGGGACGAUGGGAUCUCAUGAGAGACGACCUGAAAAAGUCAGCAGCACAGUGGCCCUGGAAGAGGAAAGAGUCCAGAGGCUUUUUCAGAGGCUCCAGGACCAGUCCUGAGCGGGAUCCUCUGGUUCUGCUGUCCAGAGAGGCCCCUGACCUGGUGGAUGCAGAGUACACCAAGAACCAGGCUUGGAAGUCUGAGAAGGACACAUUGGGGAGACCCCCAGCAAAGGAGAUUCCUCUGGUUGACCACUGUCAAUACAAAUAUCUGUUUAACUUCCGGGGUGUGGCAGCCAGUUUCCGUCUCAAGCACUUGUUCCUCUGUGGGUCGCUGGUCUUCCAUGUUGGGGAGGAAUGGCUGGAGUUCUUCUACCCAAAGCUGCUGCCUUGGGUGCACUACAUACCAGUCAAACAAGACCUCUCAGACCUUAGGGAAUUGUUACAGUUUGUGAAAGAAAAUGAUGGAGUUGCCCAAGAGAUUGCCACUAGAGGACAGAAGUUCAUCUUGGAUCAUCUUCGAAUGGAGGACAUCUCGUGCUACUGGGAGAGACUUCUCACUGAGUUUGCGGGCUUGCUGAAGUACAAACCCCAACAGAAAAUUAACUAUAAUCAGAUCAGCCACAGGCCUGGGAGAACAGAACUUUAAUCUAGGAAUAUAGAUCAUUCUAGUCCAGAGAUGGGUGUGAUGGGUUAGAUGUUGAGGUAUGUUCCAAGUGAAACGGUUUUGGUCUGAAGUAGUUUUACGAUGUACAUUACAUCUGAAUAGCGUAGUAUUGGGUUUAGAGUUAUAAGGGGAUAAGGGGUAGGUUAUAGCUUUUGUAAUUGUUAUAUUGCACAACUCUUUCCAUCCAAAAUAUCAAUACCUCAACCAGAAAUCACUUUAAUAACUUGAAACGUUUCUAUGGUUGUUGUUCUGUUCAUUUCUUUGAACUGCAUCCCAGUUUUGGAUGUUAUAGUGAAAUGGGUGAAAUGCAAUCUGAGGGAAAUUCAUCAGCAUUUUCUUACUGCCAUCUAGUGUCUAAUUACAGAAACUGUUUCUUUUUAUUGCUAAUGUACCAACAACUGUUGCAAUUGUUUUAAACACAACCAUAAUCUUUACUAUUUCAACUCUGUUCUAUGGAGUCUGCCAAACACAAAACAACUUUGAGAAAAAACGGUACAAUCAACAUAAAUUGCCAAAACCACUCACCAAUGUAGCAUUACUGAGACAUUUCUAUCAGCAGCACUUGAAUGCACUGGAUGGAUAAAGCAGGACCUGUAUUUAAGAAGCUAGACAGUGGUACUGAAAUGUUGAAUAUGUUUAAGUAUUCUUUUUGCAGCAUGGACAGCAUCGUUUUAUUGAUGAAAUGUGGUUUUGUUACACUGAUUUCUUUUUUGUACAAAGUGUGUAUGUUUAUUUGAUGUACCAGUGUAUUUUGUCUUGAUCAAUGAGUCCUACCAAAAGCAACUGUUUGAAUGGCCAAAAUAUAACAUCUGAUACACUAUAGGGUUCACUAAUAAUUAACCCUCAGUAAAGACUUCGACCUCAACAAUAAUGUUAAGUAGAAUACCGUUUUUUUAUCAUGUUUUUCUAUACAAACACCGUUGUUUUUUCUUUUAUCAAUAAAUGAUUAAAAAUAUA